UGUCAGGUGACCGCCGGCUGGCGUGGUCACAUGACAAUGGCUAGCGGGCGGCUGGAGUAAGUGUUGCUGUAGGAACGGGGCGGCUGCUAUGGACGCUGCUGGAGGGAGGCGUGUAGGGUGCCCGGGCUCCCCUCGCCGGGCUGGGGCGCUGCUGUGGGGCUGGGCCCUGCUGGGCUGCGCCUGGUGCCCUCGCCCCCCGGGGGCCGCUGCCGCCCCUUUCCCAGCCGGCUACGCGCUGGACGAUUCGGUCGGGCUGGGCCGUGAGUUCGACGGCAUCGGGGCCGUGAGCGGCGGAGGGGCUACCUCUCGACUUCUGGUGAAUUACCCAGAGCCUUAUUGCUCUCAGAUUUUAGAUUAUCUGUUUGUGCCAAAUUUUGGUGCCUCUUUGCACAUUCUCAAAGUAGAGAUUGGUGGUGAUGGACAGUCAACAGAUGGUACUGAACCCUCCCACAUGCACUAUGAAAAUGAUGAGAAUUAUUUCCGGGGCUAUGAGUGGUGGCUAAUGAAAGAAGCUAAAAAGAGAAACCCCAACAUUAAAUUGAUUGGGUUACCUUGGGCAUUUCCUGGAUGGAUAGGGAGGGGUCAGAAUUGGCCCUAUAAUAAUCCGGAUGUCACUGUUUACUAUAUUGUUUCCUGGAUUCUAGGCGCCAAGCGGUAUCACAAUUUGGACAUUGAUUAUAUUGGGGUAUGGAAUGAAAGGUCAUUUAAUAGCAAAUAUAUCAAGCUCUUAAGGUACACCUUGGAUAAACAAAGUCUGCAGCGGGUGAGGAUCAUAGCCAGUGAUAACAUGUGGGAACCAAUUUCCUUUUUCAUGAUGCUCGACUCUGAGCUCCAUCAAGUGGUCGAUAUCAUAGGGGCUCAUUACCCUGGAACAAAAACGGUGGCUAAUGCCUUAGCAACUCAGAAGAAACUAUGGGCUUCAGAAGAUUAUAGCACUUUCAAUGAUGAAGUGGGUGCAGGCUGCUGGGCUCGGAUCCUGAACCAGAACUAUGUGAAUGGAAAUAUGACCUCCACUAUUGCUUGGAAUUUGGUGGCUAGUUAUUAUGAAGAUUUGCCCUUUGGUCGGAAUGGAUUAAUGACAGCGCAAGAGCCGUGGAGUGGCUAUUAUGCAGUGGAAGCUCCCAUCUGGAUCACAGCACACACAACCCAGUUUACCUACCCUGGCUGGCACUACCUGCAGGUGGAUGGACAUUUAGAAGGUGGUGGCAGCUAUGUAGCUCUGACUGAUGGCCUAGGCAACCUUACUAUCAUCAUUGAAACUAUGACUUAUUUCCACUCUCAGUGUAUCAGGCCUCCACUGUUUCCCUUCAUUGUGACCCCUCAGAAAGCAACUUUCUACCUCAAAGGAUCCUUUCAUAAAGUGAAAACCUUGAAAAUGUGGUAUACUAAGCUUGGCUUCAAAUCUGCAAAUUCCACCUUAUUCCAUGCUCUUCCUCCUGUAAAGGUACAUGAAGGGAUGUUCAGCUUAAAUCUGGAAGUGGAUGAAGUCUACACGUUAACUACCCUCAUGACAGGCCGGAAAGGCUCUUACCCAGAUCCUCCCCAGUCCAAGCCUUUUCCUUCAAAUUACAAGGAUGAUUUUAACAUUCGUAAUCCGCCCUUUAGUGAAGCUCCAAAUUUUGCUGAUCAGACUGGGGUAUUCGAGUACUUCGUCAACACUUCUGAUCUAGGGGACCACAUUUUCACACUCCGCCAGGUAGUGGUUCAGCGACCCAUCACUUGGGCUUCUGAUGCAGACCAGGCCAUCAGCAUUAUAGGAGACUUUAAAUGAAAUUUGAAAGAGUUAAUUUGGUUACAUUGGUCUUGUGGUGCCAUCUUCUGGCCAGUCCCAAAAAUUGCACUGACUUGAUCUAUACAGCACAUGGAAUACUGCAUUCUAGGUAAAGAUGGCUGUGGAUGCGUCAGUGAGAUUAGUCAAAGCACAUUAGUAACCUGAUAAACUGGGAAACAUCAGUGAGACUCUACACUUGCAUUAGAGGUCUGUUGACUUACAUACGAUGACUAAUUGGAGAAAAGAGGGGAUGCAAAAUCAAAGUUGUGCAAAGGUUGGGUGGUGUGGAAAAUAAUAGCGGAAUUUUGAGUUCUCUGGUUGAGUUUGUCAGUAUCUCUUUAUCCCAUAGUAUUGUCAAAAAUGUACCUAUUCCAUGUUGUUGUUCUUCCCUCUUGGAUUAGUAGGACCCUUCGUUUUCAUUUUUAUUUUACUUAAUUUUUCCCAGGAAUUUAUUGGUGUUUGUUACUACAAGGACAAAAGCAGCUGAAAAUUGGGUGCAAGAAACUAUUAUUCAUUUUUCCGGGCAAAUAUCAGGAUUCAUUUUGGCAGACAGAAGGAUGGGGAAGUAUUCAGUAGAUAAUACUUUGAGGGGAAUGCAGUGUAGUUUGUUGCUGAACUAAAACAGAACUCAAAGCACAAUGCCAUCUCUGAGUUUAAGAAAAUAAUAUAUCUCUAGUCCCCAAAUAAAACUUUUCAUUUCCAGCCUAUAAAUAUUUACAUUUAAUAAUUGGGCCCAAUAUUUUAAAAUAUUUAUAAAUACCCGCUGUCUUAUGUGAAAAACAAAGAGUCCAGUGACACCUUAAAGUCUAACAGAUUUAUUUGGGCAUAAGCUUUCGUGGGUAAAAAAACCCACUUCUUCAGACACAUGGAGAG